AAAAGAAGCCAGAAAUGAAGCGAAAUACUGAGGAAAGACCAAAAAAUGUCACAAGAAGAAGAAGAGGAGGCAGGUGCAGGCGGACCGGGAGGCAGCAGAGGGUUGUCGGCUUGCUGUUGAUUACAAUGGCUACAAUGACAGCAAGUGUACUCAACAACUUUGCAGACCUGGCUUUGUCCCUCCCCCCUCCCUCCCUUGAAGCAACCAUUAAGCAGAACCCAACAGUAGUGGAUGCAACAGGGUAUGAUGGAAGAACCGCUCUUCAGAAAGCAGUGAUGGUGGGAAACCUGCCAGUUGUGAGGCUGCUGCUACAGUAUGGCAGCGACCCAAACCUCAGGGCUCAGUCAGGGGAAACGGCAGUGCAUGUGGCCUGCUGCCGGGGACUCCUGAAUAUGUUUGUAACACUCCUGAAGCAUGGCGGUGACCCCAUGGUGGCAGACGGGGCUGGCAGAGUGGCCAUUCAUUGUGCCGCCAUCGCUGGCUCAAUGUUGUUGGUUCAAUAUCUGGCAGAAGUUUGUGAGGUUAAUCUGGAGGCUGAGGAUGCUCGAGGCUCCACCCCUCUUCACAUUGCUGCAUCCUGUGGUCACCUCUCACUUGUGGAGUACCUCGUCAGGACCAAAAAAGUGGGCAGGACCAAAGUGGACAGUGAUGGCAACACAGCGCUUCAUUCAGGAGCAGUUGGAGGAGUGUCUGGAGUGUGCUGGGCAGUGCUGUACCCAGGGGCCGAACACCUCCUCACCACCACUAAUGCAGCCGGCCUCACGCCUGCCCAGGUGGCCCAUGCUUCCAUAUCUGUCUCUCCUGACUGUCGGCGAUGGAUUGACAGGUGGACACGGCAGUACGAGCGUAGUGCAGCAGUGGAGUCCCCUCGCUGGCCUUGGCUUAUCCAGCUCUUCACUCCAUUCACAAUAUUUUAUGUAGGAAUUCUUCUGUCAGUGUUUGUGUUGCCGCACCACCAGUGGAUGGUUGGUGUGCCGGUGUUUAUAGUGGCCCUCACAGUCAUGGCCCGACAGCAGCACCGCCUAAAACACCCUAUCAGGUGGCCUAAUCCAAUAUACCUGGGAGCUUAUGGGGGUGGGCUGUUUUCCACGCUGGCAUGCUAUGCAGCCGGCAUCAAAGCACACCAGCAUCAGCCCCUUCUGCUCUCCCUGCUCAUGUGGACAGUUGUGUUGAUCCACUUGUUCAUCUUCUACAAACUAGUCACAGGUGACCCUGGCAUUGUGCGGGCAGAGGGACCACUUAGGGAGGUGUUAAGAGGAGUUGGUGAGGGCAUUGUGAAAGGAUACUGCUCAGAGUGCCAGCUGGCCUCCCCUCCCCUAGCCCAUCACUGCCGCCUCUGUGUUGCAUGCCAUCACCAGACCGACCACCACUGUUUAUUCCUCAAUACGUGCAUUGCUGCCAACAACCAUUGGUACUUUGUGGUGUUCAUCAUGACCAACAUCAUCCUCAUGACUGGGUUCCUGGGUGCUGCCUACACAGCCACCGUGCCACCAGGAGUACAGGGGGACUGGGUGGAUAGACUCACAGCCCAUGUCCACAAUUUGCUCAAUGAAGACAUGUGGACAGUCCUCAUGGCUGUGUGCAAUGAAGCUUCCCUAAUUUGGGCAUUUUAUCUUCUCAACACCCAGUUCCAGGUGGUGGGAUCUCAGCAAACAACACUGUGUCGCCUCAAGCUAGGGAGCCCCCUCACCAAACCAACCUUGAUGGAGAAAACGAAGAACUUUUGGAGCUUUCUUCUACGGGGCCGAGUCCCCCUCAGCAAUCAGACUCAUUACUUCAAUCCGGUGUAGAAUUUUGUCCUAGUUACUGAGGCAUUUAUUGUGUUUAUUUACAGAGUAAUAUAGCAUCUUUAUUGCAGUUAGAAUAUUGGCAAUGUCACCUUCAUUGAACAUAGUGAUGGCCUUAAUUCAUAGUUUGUCACAGUUUCCCAGCAAGGAUCAUUCCAGAUUGUGACAUUUGGCACUUCUAUUGCCUGCAGAACUAAGUGUUGUGUACAGCUGCCUUGAGUGAAUUUGCUAGUAUGAAUGGUAUGUCACAUUUCUAUUUGUAAGGAUUCAAGUAGCACCAGUCCAGUUCAUGAGACAUGAAUAGGAAUAUUCCUGAUUUUAAAGCUCCAAUGUGUUGUGAGUGCUAUAUUCAAGUGUACAUCCUAAUCAAGUCAGUUAUCAAGUAUCAAACCAGCAUGGUAAUCUCUAUCAAACUGUCAAUUUUAUCAGCAACAUUAAAUCAAUUAGUGCAUAAGAGUACAGAAAAUAAUUUUUUAUUGUGAUGCAAAAGCUAUACUUUUGAAAAAUGCUAGCCGUUGAGGCCACAUUUCUCUUUAUAAAUUUUAAACAACUAAGAAAGAUUAGGGGCUAAGACCCCUCAUAGAUUAUGUUUUACCCAAGACAUAGUUCAAGAUGGUCACAUAACCUGCCUGUAUAACAAAUAGAGUCGCUAAUGGUGAUGAGCAAACUGAAGAGCAAGUGAAGAUUAUUAAGUAAUCUCCAUAACCAGGUGGCUAAGACUGUACACCUCAGUUUGGGUUACAAGAGAGUGCUACCUCUCGCCGAAAAGUCACCAUGAACUGGGAUUGACCUCCCACAGCUCGGUCACGAGGCAAGCACCCAACCCACUGUGCCACUUGGCCCCCUAAACUAAAGAACAAAGUGUUAUAGUGUUGUUGUUGUUUUUUUUUUUUUUGUUUUUUUUUUUUUCAUUACCAUGAAUGUGACAAUGUAAGGAGAAUUUUAGGUAGGAUAGCUUUACUUAGAGGACCAUCAGGAAAAAAGAACCUCCAAAAAAAAGGGGUGGGAAUAAACAAAACUAGACAGGCAUAUGACUAGGAUUUACAAUGUGGCAGUCACCAGUGGCUUUUGAGACCUUAGUAAAAAGUAACCCGUUCUGCACCAGUAAUUGGUGUGUACCAAGCUUUGGCCUAAUUCUGUGCUGUCUUCUCCAAAGUCAGCAGCUACAGCCAAAUGACAGACAUGCAAACAAGGUGAACCAUGAAUAUGGGACACAGAUCAGUCUGAGUUUGUACUACAUUUAGCCCUUGUGUGAAAAGGAAAGGAAUCCAUACCCACCACAGACUUCAAGGCCAAAGUGACAUAGUUUAGUAAUGAAGUAAGCUACCAAUAGGGGUAUACCCUCCCCCCAAAUUUACCAUUUGUGGCUGACAGUCUGGUUGCACUCAUAUCUAUUAUUGCAGCACAUGACUAUGGCGUGCAUUAUCAUGCUUUGGCAACUUGCUGCAUAUCCAAUUUCAUGGAUAAUAUCCGAGGAUGAAGGUGACAGCUGAGAGUUAUUGAAAAAUAGGGGAUAGGUGUUUGGAAAAUUGUGUUAAUAGGUGGAGAAGUUGAUAUUUUGAGGUGUUGAAGGACACAAGUUCCUCUUGUCCUAUUCAGAAAUGAUAGCAAGGUCUGAGAUUAAGUGUUCUGCAGCCUCCAUCCCAGAAUUGUGUCGUUCUUGUUGGGAGGGUCUUUUGUCAAAAGAUGUUGAGUAAUGCAGAGUAGAGUCAUCAGUGUAAGAGUGGAUUUGCAACUCAAAAUCAACUAUGAUUGACAGCAUUUGUCAUUGUCGCCUGUAUAUUAUUGAUGCUGGCAACUGUUUCCUCUGUGUAGGCUAUCAUGUCACAUCCAUGAAAUCAGACAUGCAGUGUGACAACAGGUUGCUAGAGUACAAUAAUGCACACCUCAGAUGUGUGCUCUGUGCCAAUAGUCAUUUUGAGGGACCAACAUUUGCCUAAUUUUGUUAACUGGUUUUCACUUCAUUAAAUCUUUGUCAUAACUUACUCUGGUC